CCAAAGAAUCUAUGUUCCAGAGACCAGGCAAAAGAGAUCUUAGUUUAACAUCUAACAUAAUAAAUGAACCUUGAACGGUGCAAGACUUAUAAUGCUCCACUGUCAGUAUAGGCUGAGAGUCUAAGAACAGAAGCUGAGACCACAGCUUGUCAGUUUCUGGUUCAGGUUUAAGUGUUUCCAGAGCCAUGUUAACCUGCAUAGAAAGCAUGGGUACUUUUAUUUUCAAAUCAUGCAUGUCUCUUCAUGCUUUUGGAAAAACUCUUGCCACACACGGAAUCAUUAAUAAGAUGGUCUCAUUCCGGUGACAUGCAAACUACAAGUCCCACAAUGUUCUGCAGCUGGGGAGUGGUGCAGAAAUGCUUUCAGCCUGUUCACGUGGAGGUAACUGGGAAACAAAGAAAUAAACACAUUUGCCAUGAAGUGCAAGUAUCUUUUUUUGCAAAAGUAAAAGGAAUCUUCUUUGACGGGGGCCUGUACCGGGAAAGUUUUUUCAAUGUGAUAAACUCCUUUUUGAAUGGGUAUGCAUGAAAAAGAAAAUUAAUGGAAAGAAACCAGGGCUUCUGAACAGCUUAUUCUUCAGAAAACGUUUAGGUAGGUAAUUCAGGAGUGUUGUCUUUUUUCCUUUGUACAAUAGAAGCUAUUAUUAAUAUAUCACUAACUUUAACAGCAUUUUAUUAGACUAAAGUUUUGAAUGACUAAACAAGUUUUGAAACAAUUUUGGUAAAUACUGCAAAUAUCAGUGCAAUAUACUUUGAAUCACUAUCCUAACCACAGCUCUGUUCAGAGGUUUAUACUGUUUUUCAAAUGUAUAAAAUAAUUCUGUGCCCCUCUGGAGUAAAGUCUCUUACUUUUAUUUCUUUUUGUAAAGAGUGGGGUCUCUAAAAUCCUACAACUGUGAGCAAUGUGGGAAUGAUUUUGUCAGCCGCACUGCCUUGAGGUAUCAUUUCCGAGCAAAACAUCUUGGAAAAGUUCACUGUGAAAAAUGUGGUAGGGAAGUUUUGAGAAAAACACUUCAGGACCAUGAAGCAGCCAACCAUGAAAGGAUGACUGCUGAAAAACAAGGGUGUUUCUGGGACAUGCCCCCAAAGAGGGAAGCAAAAUUUGUGGCCAUGGAAAUAUCUAUCUCCUGUAGGACGUGCCCAAGGCAGUUUGGAACAAUCCACAGCAGGGAACACCAUGAGAAACAAGAUCAUCACUUCACAGCCAGCAAAAGAGCUCAAAUGGCCACUGGAUUUUCACCUAAUAUCUUGGAUUAUAAAAAUCCAACAGAAUUAAAGAGAUUUGUAGAAGAAAAGCUUCGACCCAUUCCAGGCCCUGCAAGCAUUGCCUGUGCAACAGAAAUAGAGGCAAUUAUUAAUUUGAUCAAGGAAUGCUUUCCAUUACCAGUAGCUCAGCUAAUCAAGGGAGGCUCAUAUAUAAAAGGAACUGAUUCACAAGGUUGGUCUGAUGUUGAUAUAGUGCUAUUUAGUGAAGCCUUUGAAAAUCUAGAAGACUGCAAAACGAAACUGCCAGAAGUUAUAAAUGAUCUUGGAAAAAGACUGAAGAAAUCUUCAUGGGCCAGCAGGAUAAUGAUGGAGAAAAGGUCCCAGUUAUCCUUACGGUUUCAUUUCAAGUGCUAUAAGAAUCACCAUGGUCACUCAUUUGAUAUCAUGCCUUGCUAUGACAUGCUGGGGCCUGCACCAUCAAUAGGUUUAAAACAGAGCUUUUACCACAAGAUCUAUCUCUGUAAUGACACUGAUGAAAUCCAGCUGUACUCAAUGUCCUUGCUGCAGUACCAGGUUGAGUUUAUCAAGGCAUCUACCAUGAGGGUGAAGGACCUGAUUCGUUUAGUUAAGCACUAGUUCAGGACUUCCUUUGCUAAACCAACAGCAAAAAAUAAGUAUGUAACUAACACUUGAGCCUCUUUUCCUUUUAACAUCCUUAUGUUUUUGAAGACUGAACAGUGAGUACUGUAUAAUGGAUUUUACAUAAUGUGUGUAUUAUGCUUCUCCACUACACCUUAAUAGCUGUUUUAUAACUGAACUAGAAUGUGAUCCAAUUAGACAGUGCCCUCGAGCAAGAAGAUGGAGAGGCGCACAGCUGUGCUAGUGCGAUUAAUAUAUUGGCAUGGCAUUCUCUUUAAUUGGAAAAAGUGACUCACUGUUGAUUGAGAUAAAGGACGCUCCACCUGUAUGGCUGACAAGACAGCUUCUGCAAAUGAAUGACUUGGUGGACUUUUCAAACCAAAUAGAGUAGAAAUCUGGCACACACUGUUUAAAAGGUGUGAAGCAAAUCAGCUGAGUAAGCAGAGCCUUUUACAAUAAGUAACUUCUGCUUAUUUAUGAAUUCUGAAUUACUGUUCUGAACAAUUAACCUAGUCUGUAGGUGGAACAUACAUUCUGGAGACUAAAGUGAAGGAAGAAUGGUUUUGUAGAUAACACACUUGACUGGAAUUCAGGAGAUCUCUGUUCCAUCUUCAGUUCUGCUUUAGUGUUCCUGUGUGACCUUGGGCAAGUCUUUCUGUGCUUCAGUUCCUGUCUAUGAAAUAAGGCUAUAAUAAUAAUACUUCCUUAGGUCACAGGGAACUUGUGAGGAUAAAUUCAUUAAUGUUGUGACACACCAGAUACUACUGCAGUGGAAGCCAUAAAAGGAACAAAAAGUGUGUCUAUAGCUCUGCCCGCUAUGACCUUCAUGUGGUUCUCUGUUUAGAUUAUCACUGCUAUCUCAUCUGUUCAGGAAGGACAAGCGCUAAUGGCCAUUUAAACUAUUUAA